AUGAGACCUGAAUAUUACUUUUUCUCAAAAAAUCAUCUCUUCUUUGUAAUAAUCAACUUGGGAGUUAUACAAAUUGCUUAUUCACAAAAAGACUUGGAAAUUUUCCGCUUUCAAAUUGCUCAGUGUUCAACAAUGACAACAUCACUAGGUGCAAACCUAAGCUACUGUUUAUUUUGCGUUCAAAAUUAUAAAGAAGAAUGUAAUAAUUUAUGCGCCUCCCAAGAAAAGGAUCAAGAAAUCUGUAGUCGAAUAUGUUGGCGCUUUGCUAAGUACGGAACGUUUUCAUGUAAAAACAAUGUUGGCUAG